UUGAACACCACCGCGCAAAAAAUGGCAGAUGUCGACAGCAAAGAAAGUUCUGCAACAGAAGUGGAGGAGGAGGUUGCCAUGGAAACCUGCGUGACAGAUAGCUUUGAUGUUGCUGAAUCACAGGAGGUUGAAAUGCAGGAAACUGUGAGUCCCUCUGACAAGGAUCUUUCAGCACCCCCCUCUGAUGACGAUGGAACAACCACUGAUAACAAGGAGAACCUCUCUGUAGACAGCAGUUCCACUAAUGGAGAAGGGGGGAAACCUAAGGACAUUCUAGGCAGAAAGGGAGACUGCUACUGUGGGAAACAGAGAGAUCCAAACAAUAUUGAGCUCCAGUGCAGCGUUUGCCUCAAGUGGUACCACAAACAAUGCAUCACGUGUAACGUUGGAAACUGCAUUCCCUACAUGAUGACGUAUACAUUCUGCUGCAAAGACUGCAAUCCAACAAAGUCAGAAGUUUACAGCCGGAGAAUGGCAAAUUUUAGCCAGCUGUGUCACAUGGCGCUGGCCAACUUGACAGCUCAGAGUUUGCAGGAAGGAACCGAUAAGUCGCUUUUCUCAAAAGAGAAAGAUUUGAUUCCUUUCAUUAAUCAGAAUUGGGAAGCCCUGACUCCAAUGCAGAGGAGGACGACCACGACCUGGCAAGCAACCAUCGUUAAGGCUAUGACGAAGGACAGUGAUAUCUUUGUGUGUAAGGAGAAACCAGACAACGGCGGGGAAACUGAAGAAGAGUAUCCACUCUUUGGUCUCGUUGAUCAGGAUUUAGCUAAGAUAAGCCCAAACUACGACCCAUCGAAGCAGAGUACCAAUGUCAAGGGUGACCUAAGUCAAAAGCUUAACUCAUCACUCAGCUCAUCUCUGAAUGGAAGCAGCUUAUCAUCUUCUUUGGGGAAGAGCCGCGGAGCUAAGAGGAAAGGUCUGGAUAGCAGUCAAAAUAUCACCUCAGGGAAAAAGACAAGAAAUGAUAUGAUCACAGCCCAGAAGCUUCCUCCUCAUGGCUACCCUCUUGAACAUCCAUUUAACAAAGACGGUUACCGUUACAUCCUGACACAGCAAGACCCUCACGCUCCGAGCAGUGCCUUUGAAGAAGACAUGUGGAUCGGGAAGCCUAUCCCAGCCUUGCUGUAUCGUAUGGCUCUCGGUCGAGAACCCUACCUAGCCUUACAUGACAGAGCUCCUCAGUUGAAGAUAUCGGAGAACCGUUUAUCAGUCACAGGAGAGAAAGGUUACUCCAUGGUUCGAGCAACGCAUGGAACCAACCGCGGUUCUUGGUUCUUUGAGAUAACAGUCGAGGACAUGCCUGAGGGAACCGCUACCAGGAUCGGAUGGUCACAACCAUUAGGUAACCUGCAAGCUCCAUUAGGAUAUGACAAAUUCAGCUACUCAUGGCGGAGCAGGAAGGGAACCCGUUUUCAUCAGAGUAUAGGCAAGCAUUAUGGAGAAGGGUACAAGACGGGAGAUGUAUUAGGAUUGUACAUUAAGCUACCUAGUCAGGUUCCCCCGGAUCAACUCCUUCCAUUAACAUACAAAGACAGGGCCCUGAUCAAAUUUAAGAGUCAUCUAUACUUUGAGGAGAAGGAUCUUGUACAAGAGACGGAGAACGCCUUAACACCCUGUAAAGGAACAAAGAUUGCAUUUUACAAAAACGGAGAGAGCCAGGGUGUAGCUUUUGAGGACAUAUUUGAAGGAACGUACUACCCAGCAAUAUCAUUACAUAAGUCAUGCACGGUGUCGAUCAACUUUGGUCCGAACUUCAAGCAUCCGCCCAAAGACAUUGAUGAUUUCUUGCCAGUGAGUGAGUUAGCCCACCGUGCUAUGGUGGAGCAAUCUCUAGCUAACCUUGUGUAUCACGUACAACAUGAACAAGAUUUCAUUGAUGCCAGUAAAGGAUUGCUGCCACAGUCUUGUUGAAUUGAAAUCCGUGCUUCUCGCAACCUCUUGGCAGACAGGACUUACUUCCCAAUUACUACUUGUUUAGCCCAAUGGUGUUUCAUCCAAAAUCUGGGCGAUUCCAGCGCUGCCAAAUUGAAAAUGAAAUGAUCGUUCCAUGUUCUGAUGAGCAAGGAAACUUUGUCCUGAUUAUUUGGAAUGUAAUUCUAAACAUCUCCCUGAUUGCUGUACAAAAUCUCCCUUAUUGUAAGAUACAAAUGUUGGCAGCUCUUCAAUUUCGUGGACUGCAGGCAAUCUUUGUAGAUUCAGUUUGUCAUUAAGGCCUACUUUUAUUGAUUUCUUAUGAACGGGGGCACUUCACUGGAAAUGCUUUCACACUACCAUUACCAUCUGUAUUACAGGUAGUGGCUUUUGGAUAAAAAGUACACAUUUUCUUAUCAGGGUCAAGCCCCUAACUUUAAGUCAGUUGCUUUAAGUACCCUUCUUUCUUCUUUCACACAAUUGAAGUUCCAAAAUACUUUUCUCAAGUUAAAGUUAAAUUCAGGGGUUACUGCUAUUAACUUGCAAAAAUAAGAUCAGUAACUUCAUAGGAAUAAAUACACACCUUUGUAGAAACCUGAUCAUGGAAUUAAGGUCUGAUGUGUUCGCAAGGAUCUGAUAAGAAUUUUUGGGAUGUUAUUUUUGUUAAAGUAGCCAUUUCACUACAUAGGUCCUUCUAGGACAAAAUCUACUUUGCGCAAAGAAAGUUGUCAAUACCUUCAACAUUUACUUUCUUAACAUGGUACAUGUAUUUGUACUCAAACAUUAUGGAAACACCAGGGUCCAAUUUCAUAGUGCUGCAUAGC